GUUCGAAUUCAGCUGCUGUUGGUAAUAACAACAAAUGAAGACGUCGUUCGGGUUUGUUUAGUUAUAUUAGCUACCGAUGAUUUUAUAGUCAAGAACCCAACUAACCGGUUUUACUAUCACUUACCGAACCAAGAUUUUUAUCAGGUAAUUAACAAAAAAGUUACAUCGUUUGGCCGCAGGCUGAAUGAAUAACCGGCGACUCUUGUCAUUGUUGCGUAAGUGCGUGCGGUUUAUAGCAAUAACUGAGUAUUAGAGUAAUACAGGUCAUGCUUCGUCAAAAACACCCAUGUGAUAUGAAAUCUAAGACGAACAGUACGGAGGAGGUUUAUAAUGUUAAGAGGACGCCAUCCUCUCCCCAGGGAGGACCUAAGAAGAGAUCUGCCUUUGUUGAUCUGACCAAUCAGAAAACCAAAACCCAGACUGUCAUUCAAACGAAAAAUGGCAAAACCGUUGUCGACAAGGCUUCAAACCGAAAAGAGGUUAUCAGGACUCACAGCAUCCAGAAAGAUUGUAAGGAUUUCUUUGCCGAGGAUCAGCCCAAGAAAGCUGUGUUUAAAGCAGAGGAAUUUCCAGUAGAUUGCCUCAGUGUUUGUCAACCUGAUGAGCAGUCGAAACUCCAACGGCGAAAGGUCUGUGUAGCUCAGGUGCCUGAAGAGUUUGACGUUGAUAAGGAACACAUUGGGGACUGUUUAUUGAGCCCUGAGUAUGCCAAAGACAUCUUUGACUACCUGAAGAACAGAGAGGAGAAUUUUCUAUUAAGUGAUUAUAUGCAUAAACAGCCAGAUCUGACUCAAGACAUGAGGGGUAUUCUGGUUGAUUGGAUGGUGGAGGUACAGGAAAACUUUGAGAUGAACCAUGAGACGCUUUACUUGGCAGUAAAGAUCACAGACCAUUACCUGUCAGUGGAUGUUGUUAUGAGGGAGUCCCUGCAGCUCAUCGGCUCCACCGCCAUGCUCAUCGCUGCCAAGUUUGAGGAACGUUGUCCUCCGAGUGUCGAUGACUUCCUUUACAUUUGUGACGAUGCCUACAAAAGACGGGAGCUCCUUGUUAUGGAAAGGAACAUUCUGCAGGCGCUCAACUUUGAUAUUAACAUACCGGUGUCUUACCGGUUCCUCAGACGCUACGCAAAGGUAGCCCAUGUAAAUAUGGAGACUCUAACACUUGCACGUUACGUGUGCGAGUUAAGCUUGCUGGAGCUGGAGCUCGUAUCAGAGAGAGCAUCACGUCUGGCCUGUGCCUGCCUUCUGCUGGCUCUCAUCACUAAAGACCUCGGAGGAUGGACACCGGUACUUCAGUAUCAUAGCGGCUAUGCUUUGGCAGAUCUGAGUUGUUUGGUCAGGAGGUUGUAUGCAAUGCUGGCAAGCCCUUCAAAUGACAAACUUAACGCUGUGGACAACAAAUACUCCCACAGAGUCUUUUUCGAGGUGGCAAAAAUUCCCUUGGUUAACAUUGAUACGCUGGAAGAGGCAUUAACGGUGCUUUGAGAAUCAUCACUUAAGAUUGUUGUUAAUAUUUUUUUCUACAUUUGUAAAUAUCUUAUUUAUUAAUUUGUAUAAAGAUAUGUAAUAAUGCUUAUGGUGCUGUGUUAUAUUUUUAUAAAUUAUUGUUAACCUUUGCUUGAUAUCUUGGCACAGAUUGGACAGAAACAUUAUGUAACUUUGUUAAAUAAGGUUUAACCUGGUACUUCUUCAUUUUAGCAAUUGUGUAUAUAAAAGGGAAUUUUAUGUUUCAAGUGUCAAUAUGUAUGAUUUGCUUUUUGAUUUUACAUUAUUAUUAGUGCAUUUAUAUAGAUAAACAUGAAGAAAAUUACUUUAUGUACAAAAAAAAUGUAUUUUACAAUGUUAUUUAUCGUAGCAUUUCUUAACUUAAAUAUUUUGUUUCACUGAAAUAUUGCUAUUUUUAAAUGGCUGUGUUUUAAAAAAACAAAA